CUCUCUCAAAUAUUCACCAAAAGCCAAAUCUCAAGGUUUUGAUUUCUCAGUUACGACAAUGGGACAGGGCACCCCCGGAGGUUUGAACCGGCAACUCCCCGGAGACCGGAAAAAUGACGGCGACAAGAAGGAGAAGAAAUUCGAGCCCCCGGCGCCGCCGGCUCGCGUUGGCCGAAAGCAGCGGAAGCAGAAGGGACCCGAGGCGUCUGCCAGGGUGCCGACGGUAACUCCGCUGAGCAAGUGCAAGCUGCGACUUCUUAAGCUCGAGCGAAUCAAGGACUACUUGUUGAUGGAAGAAGAGUUCGUGGCGAAUCAGGAGCGGUUGAAGCCCCAGGAGGAGAAGACGGAAGAGGACCGAUCGAAGGUCGAUGACUUGCGUGGGUCUCCCAUGAGUGUGGGGAACUUGGAGGAGUUGAUUGAUGAGAAUCAUGCCAUCGUUUCGUCGUCUGUGGGUCCGGAGUACUAUGUCGGGAUCUUAUCGUUUGUUGAUAAGGAUCAGCUCGAGCCGGGCUGUGCGAUUCUUAUGCACAAUAAGGUUCUUUCUGUUGUCGGACUUCUUCAAGACGAUGUUGACCCCAUGGUGUCCGUAAUGAAGGUUGAGAAGGCUCCAUUGGAGUCAUAUGCUGAUAUUGGUGGGCUGGAUUCCCAGAUCCAGGAGAUCAAAGAAGCAGUGGAGCUACCAUUGACUCAUCCUGAACUAUAUGAAGACAUUGGUAUUAAACCUCCCAAGGGGGUCAUACUCUAUGGAGAGCCUGGAACUGGGAAAACAUUGCUUGCUAAGGCAGUGGCCAACUCUACUUCAGCAACUUUCUUGCGUGUAGUUGGAAGUGAAUUGAUUCAGAAGUACCUGGGAGAUGGUCCCAAAUUGGUGAGAGAACUUUUCAGAGUUGCUGAUGACUUAUCCCCAUCGAUUGUCUUUAUUGAUGAAAUUGAUGCCAUUGGUACAAAGAGGUACGAUGCCCAUUCAGGUGGUGAACGCGAAAUUCAGAGAACUAUGUUGGAACUGCUGAACCAGUUGGAUGGUUUUGAUUCACGAGGAGAUGUUAAGGUGAUUCUUGCAACAAAUAAAAUUGAAAGUCUUGAUCCUGCCCUGCUUCGACCUGGUAGAAUAGACAGAAAAAUCGAAUUCCCUCUUCCAGACAUUAAGACUAGGAGGCGUAUUUUCCAGAUACACACAUCAAGGAUGACAUUGGCUGAUGAUGUCAACCUAGAAGAAUUUGUUAUGACAAAAGAUGAAUUUUCUGGUGCUGAUAUCAAAGCCAUAUGUACUGAAGCUGGAUUGCUUGCUUUAAGAGAGCGCCGUAUGAAGGUGACACAUGCAGAUUUUAAGAAGGCCAAAGACAAGGUUAUGUUCAAGAAGAAAGAGGGUGUCCCAGAAGGGCUUUAUAUGUGAUUAUGAUCUUGUUCUGUUUGGAAAUACUCAAUUUGUCAUUGAACUUUUACUGCUUGUUUUCUUCCUCCUAAUGCUUUGAAAUUUGGUUGUCUUUGAUCUUAUGAUUAUUCUUUGAAAAAUUAUUAGUUUUAAUUAGCAAGAAUAUAUUAAUUUUGAUCAAUUAUGAGUAA